CAAGCCACCUGAUCAACAGAUAUUACUGUUUGAUUUACUUGAAAAAUGAAUCCUGGUCCAGUUUUAGUGGUGAUGAUCUCCAAGGCAUUAAUUGUGCAAACUAAAAAGUUUUUAGUAGAAACUGAAGAUGAAGAGUCAGAUACAGCCGAUGUUCCCAUGAAUGAUGGACUCGGUCCUUGCCUGUUUUCUUCUGAAUGUCAGGAUGCAGCAGAUAAAACAGGAAUAACAGUUAGUGAUGGAAGUUACGUUUGUAUUCAUGGAAAAUGCGAAAUAAGGGGUGGUUUUCUGAAGGGUGGAGUUAGAUGUGACGCCUUUGAAGACUGCUCCUGCAGAGAAACACCUGAAGCGUGCUAUUGUAUUUAUGGACAGUGUUCAACGUUGAGAUAUGAAUGUCACACAGAUGCUGAAUGUAAGAAAAUGAAAAAGUGCACUGGAAACACUUGUAAAUGCAGUCAAUCUGGACUCUGUGAGCUUGCAGCAGCAGCAAUACUGUGAUAAGUGACACACACAUAUUAAUAAUAAAAUAAAGUACACUUUUUAAGAAA